CCUACUGAGUCAUGACUCAAACCAUCUUAGGGAUGACAGCUCCAUUUCAUUCUAUUUUCCAGUGUUUUUUUGCAAAAUGGAUUUAUUGCAAAAUAUCUAGCUGGUUGAAAAGCUGCUUUGUUUAGUUUUGGUUUGGGUGUAUUUAAUAGUGGCCCUGUUUAGAAAUAGGUGGAUGCUGGAAGUGUGAUCUUGCAGAUGAGACCUGGCUUAUACAGGGCAUAUUAUUCUGGAACUUCUAUCGGGUUUUAAACACAUUCUUCGUAAUUUGAUUUUGUUUUCAAAUAUCGACAAAUCCAAACUUGUCUGCAGCUAUAUUUAUGCCUUUUAUUUUAGGUUUAAAUACAAAAUUUUAUUUUAAAAGAUUUAAUUCAUGAAAGUGAACAAGGAUUUUUUUUGGUUCUAGCUGAUUCCCAAGCAUCAUUGUAACGAUGUCAUCAAGAAUGAAUCUGUCUGCUGGCAUUCCCAGUAGUAAAGUCAAGUAUUCCAAGCUUUCCAGUACUGAUGACGGAUAUAUUGACCUGCAGUUCAAGAAGAGCCCACCAAAAAUUCCCUACAAGGCAAUUGCACUUGCUGUCGUGCUCUUCAUGAUUGGGACCUUUCUCAUUAUCAUAGGAGCCCUCCUCUUGGCAGGGUACAUCAGCAAAGGUGGAACGGACCGUGCUAUCCCCGUGCUCAUCAUCGGGAUCCUUGUAUUUCUCCCAGGCUUCUACCACCUGCGCAUUGCAUAUUACGCUUCCAAAGGCUACCGGGGCUAUUCCUAUGAUGAUAUCCCAGAUUUUGAUGACUGAAUGAUGUUCCUGACAACGUUAUAAUUAGGUUAGUGUUAAGAGCUGCUAGUUACCCUGGAUAUUGGAGGGAGCUGUUAAGAUUGUAAAUGAAGUGUAUCAGUCACGUGAUGCAACUUCUGGUUUUCAAAAUUCGGUGCUGAAGUGCUGCAAGCUUUUCAGCUGGGGGGACAAGGGGGUUAAACAUGGAAUUGACCAAAAGUAUUGCAACAUUAGGUGGGAAGAACAUGUGGUUUAUCGUAUUUUUCCUCUUGGUUACAUAAUGCUGGUUGCUUGUAAGAAGUUAUUCUUGGGCAAGGCAAUUCUAGCAAUUUUCCAAAAAUAGUUGUGCCAGACAGUUUCAGCAGUAAAGAUAUUUGUUUUUCUAAGUGCUUCAUUGAGUUUAUUUUAUUUUUUUGAGAGAUCUUUGCUAUGCUUGGUUUUAGAGUUGCAGACAAAUACCACACAUAACUCUCUUUUGCUCUCUGCCCAUCAGAACUGCUUCCAAUUUACUUGUCUUAUGCUUGUCUUGAGUAAUGGAAAUCAUAUGCGUACAAGAGGGGAAAAAUGCACUUGCAUGAAAUAACUUAUACAAACUGCAUUUGCUGCACAACUCCUUGCUAGACUGACCAAUCUUAUGCACUCACCAAACACAUUCUUCAGAAGCAAGCUGUUUCCCAUGCCACUGCUACUCUUGGCAAAAUCAGACUGUCAUCCUUUAAAAGGAAGGACUGUUGUGGGAUUUUGCUUAUUUUAAACUGAAUAGAGACAGGGAGAAGAACUGGAAUAUGGGCCAGCAUUCAAGUAUCUAAAAACAAACAUCUUGGGUUUGACUGGUGUGGGUAUAGGAGACACCUGAAUUCCAGCUAUCUGUAUGUAUAUUUGGGAUCAUUUUAUCCUUGUUUAGAUGCAUUGUGACUAACUCCCUAAACCAGUGAAAAGAAUAUCUGUAUAGUUUGUACUGAAUAAAUUGUUUGUAUUGUUUUGCUAGCUUCAGUAAUACCUUAUUCAGGGAAAACCAAUUGGUAGCUCUGUACUUGAUGCAAAAGUAAAAACUCACUGUCUCCUUAAGUGGGACUGAACCAAGUGUCCUGAAGAACAAGUAUGUGACAAGAUGUAGAAAUGCAAGCCUCAAGUAUAUGUAUUUUACAUGAAUAAACUUCACUAUAUUCUGUGUACAAA